GAGGAGGAGGAGGAGGUUUCCCUAACAAGCGCUCUCUCGGCUCCCCGCCUGCGCCGACGAGGGCCUACAACUCCCAGCCUCCCCAAAGCCAUGCUGCGUUUGGCGAUGGCUGCCCUCCGAUCCCGGAGCCAGGAAGAGGUUUGCAGCCGCGGACGCCCAACGUAGUGCAGACAGCAAACGUCAUCAGCCCAGAGCUUUGCACUGCCCAAAUCCAUGCGCCAGAGGCCUCUCCAUGUGGACAGAGGGAGGCUGUCCAUUUGGCAAGAUGGGCUUCUACAUCAGUUCCCUCUCCAGACCGCCCUAUGGAAACAGGGUCCAACUGGACACGCGGCCACCUGUCAAGCGUUACCAGGCAGCACCCAGCUACAACUAUCGGUGGACGGAACUGCACUAUGAGGCCAGCCGCGGCAACACGGAAAAGCUGAGGCAACUCCUGGAAACCUCAGGCAAGGAGCUGGUGGACAGGAAAGAUUAUUACGGCAAGACGCCGCUCUACUGGGCUGCCUACAAAGGACAGAGGCGUUCGGUGGAGCUGCUGCUGGAACACGGGGCCAACGUCAACACGUGCUGUAAACACGGAGGGACCCCCCUCCACGCUGCCAUCGGCCUCUUCCCAGACUGCACCCUGCUGCUGAUCCAGCAUGGCGCAGACGUGAACCUGCAGGAUAACUGGGGAGUGACCCCGAUGUACUUGGCUGCGUGCAGCGGACAGACGGAGUGCAUUCGGUUGCUGGUGCAAGCAGGGGCCUGCAUCUCCUACAGGAACAAGCGAACUGGGGCCCCUCCCAAGCGCCUUGUCUCGCAGCCUGCCCUGAUCUCCUGGAUGGAGUCUUGCCGCCGGCAGCCGUGUUCCCUCAAGCACCUCAGCCGCCUCUCUAUCCGGACGGCUCUCGGCCACCGGAGGCUCCACGCCAUCAGAGACUUUGACCUCCCUCCACCAGUAAAGCAGUACCUGAUGUUUGAGGACCUGGUUUUGACAGACAAGCUGUAGCUGGGAGUCCUUGAGAGCUGGUGGCUCGUGGCCUGCUCAAUUGCCAUUCUUCCUGUGGCCACUAGAAUCAAGCUCUGGAAUUGGAAGGAUAAGCUGCUGGACGGACACGAUUUCCCCCCCAAGCUCCGUGUUUCCACUUGGGUUCCACCAGUCUGCCACACAGAAGGGAGAACUGAGUUCCACGAGCAGAAGAUGUAGGCUGUCGCCGUGUGUCGUGUUCUUCUUCAUCGGCAACCAACUCUUCUUCACUUUUGCCCAUCUCUUGGGCAUUGGACCCAAGAAAAACUUUGCCUGUCAGGCCAAGGGGUCUGGUCAGACAAACUCUGUUGGGAAUUCCACAAGCAGGGCAGGCAGGUGUAAUAUCCAGCAUCACAUACCCUAUGUCUGAGAUAUACUGCAUCUGAACUUGGAGGUUCUGUGCACCGCCUCCUGUCCCACUGCAGUUUUUCUCUGUGAAGAGGCCAGAUGCUUUCUUGUAGUGGUGGACCAACAAUCAAGAGGCCAGUCUGCUACUGUGUCUGUAGUUCCUAAAAGAUAAGAAAAAUAUGAAUAACAAAGGGAGAAUUGGUGUUGGCAAAGACAUGUCCUGUUCAUUCUCAGUUCAGGGAGAAUAAGAAGGGAGAUGGGAAGGAGGAUGAGGCCACAGCUCGGUGGUAGAGCAUCUGCUUUGCAUGCAUAGGGUCCCGAGGUCAGUCCCUGGCAAUUCCUGUUAAAAGGAUCAGGCCCCCAGGAUGUUUUCUGUGUUCGUAUACUAAUGCAUAAAGUAUGGGGAAUGAACAGGAAGAGAAUGAAUUUCUAAUAGGUCAUGUGAAAGACCUUGACCUGAGACCCUGGAGGGCUG